UUUUUUUUUUUUUUUUUUUUCAUUUUAUUUUUAUUUAUCUUGAUUUUCCCGCGAAUUAUGCUUAACUUCUUGAUUCCUUAUAAUUCGGAUUAUAUUUUUUUGUUUUACUUUUUCACAUGUGUACAUAUAUAACGUAUGGUUUCCCAUCAAUACAGUUGCGCAUUUGAAUACAUAUAUGUGAAUAAAUAUCUGUACACAUGUAGUAGCGUUUCAAAAAUUUCUUCAGAUCAUGUUUAAGGUACAUUUCUGAUUAUAUGUUUUGACGUUAAAAACGCGUAGAAAAUUUUUUAUUGAUACAUCUAAUUUGUGUACUAUGCGACUCUUACUUUUAUUUUAAUCCCCAAAAGAAAGCGGAAAAAAUAAGCUUAACAUUCUGCUAAAGAGAAGAGUAGCUAGAAAAAAAUCACCCAUCGGAAUUUGUGUGCGACCAUACAAAAUACACGGUGGAGGCGCAUACAUAAUCAUGCAUCCCCGCAGUUGCAAAAAAUUUCAUGUAAAUUUUCGUCAUAAUGAUACGGAAUAAUGAAUUGAAUUGCAACCACUUUGAUUUAUUUUCUUAUGAAGAUCCUGAAUUAUGCGAGGAGGAAGACUUGUUUGAGUCUAACCGGGCACCGUGGUUUUAUCACCUGACACACUUGCUAGAAUUAAGAAAGGAUGACUUCAAAAAUAUAAAAAGCAUCGUGGAAAAUGAGAAAAAGAGGGGAAUCGAGUACAAUCAUAUAUUAGACAUCAUAGACUACCAAACGUAUAGUGACAUUAUGCGAAAAAUAAAUUCCAACAUGAAAAAUGCCUUAUCUGUUUACUUAUUUUCAUGCAAAUAUUUUUUAAGUAAAUACUCCGAAAAUACGGAAUCCAACGGGCAUGUGCGUUUUGUGUUUGUGUUUGGGAACAUCACGGCAGAUUUGGAUUCCGUUUGUUCGUCCAUCAUAUACAGUUUUUUUUUGCACAUAUGGUAUUCCUUAAAAAGCAAAAUUGCCAAAGAGAAGAAUUCAGAUGUGCUGAAAUUUUUUAUCCCCGUGAUUAAUAUUAAGAGGAGUGACAUGAAGCUUAAAAUUUUGAUCAAUUGGUGGCUAGAAAAAUGUGAGAUAAACAACCCGGAGGAAAUCCUGGUUUUUAAUGAUGACAAGAAUUUGUUAGAAGUUCUAAAAAACGACAACAAGUACGAUAUAUGCUUCGUUGACUUUAAUGACUUCGAGCCGAAUAACAUAUACAACAUUAACAACGUGAAAUCCAUAAUUGAUCACCAUAUGCUUAAGGAAGAGGCGAAAAAUAAAAGAAUAACAAAAUCGGUUUACCCCAUUUAUGUGUGCAGCUGCAUGGUUAUCAUAGCCUAUUUGUAUAAGCACUCGAGCGAAUUCCUUGGGAUACCUUUCAUAAACAAAAAUAUGAUGUGGCUGAUAUAUGGGACUUUACUAAGGGAUUCUAACAAUUUUGCAAAAGGCGAUUUUGGAAAACGAUGGAUACAACCGGACUUAAGCAUUUUCUUGUCCUUGAAAAGAUUUUUUCGAAUAUCAGACAAAAUGGACAUAUACAUUACGUACAGUUUUAACAUUAUGAGAUUCUCCAUAGACUUGAAGAAAUUUGGAAUAGAAAACCUUUUGUUUGCCGAUUACAAAGACUAUAAUUAUGAGAUUUUAAAGAAAAAAAUAAAAAUUAGAAUUGCAUCCAUAGAUUUUAGUAUAGAUUUUCUAUUUUCCCAUGAGGAUGUUAACCGUUUGGUUCAUAAAGUGCAUGAGCUGUGCGCUGAAAAUAACUUUUCCAUUUUUAUACUAAUCGGAUCUUAUUUAAAUAAUUACAAACUAUUUAAAGACAUGGGAAUCUUCUUUUACAGCAAUGACGUGAACAAGGAUGAUUUAAUUAAGGCCUUGUUUUUGAACAAAGACAUAAAACUUUCCAAGAAAGGAUGUAAAAAUAUACCCUGGGGAAAUGAUUCCAAAAUAUUUGAAACCUUCCAAGUUAACAAUGAGUGCUACUCCCGAAAAAGAUUAGAGUAUUUUUUAUCCGAGUAUUUUUUUUCACAUGCUAGCUCAAAUGUGAACAUCCCUAAUGACAUUCCAGAGAAAAAGGAUAAGCAGGAAGUUCCUGCUUCGGAAUGCACACAAAAUGAAAUUUUAGAAAAAUACGAUAUUUUUUCAAAUGUGUACACGUCAAGCGAUAACCUUAGUUUUGUAGAUAGCGAGGAAGACACCUCAUCUAAAAAUUUAGAUGACUUGAAAAACAAAAAUAUUUUGAGCCUAACUGUGCACAACAUAAUAAAUAUAUACCCCAACAAUGAGAGGAACAGGGAGUUUAAAAAGUACAAGCAAAAAAAAAUUGAGGAAAAAAGGAAGAAGGAGUACGAUGAAGAAAGGGAGAUAAUCGAACAGAAGAAAAAAAUAUAUGAAGAGAAAAGACAGAAAAAACUGCACAUAUAUAACGUAGCGAAAAAGAAAAAGAAACUAAUAGAAAAGGAAAAAUAUAAUAAGGAAAAUAUAGAGUAUAAUUAUUUAAUGAUCUCAAAUCAUUUUAAACAUUUAAUGGAAAAUGGGAAACACAGUGACAUUUACUUUUCCUUUCACGAUAUGUAUAUUUCCCCCAUGAGGUUGUACUAUUUUGCGAGUGCAAGUGUGGAUCAAAUUUACUACUUAGAUUUAUCACGAAAGUGGCUUCCAGACAACUAUGUCUCCAUCAUCCUUGAAUUGUGCUCACGCAAAAGGGUUAAAAUUUUGAAUUUGUCCUUCAACAAAAUAACCUUCAAGGGGUUAGGACAUAUCUCAAAGUUUUUAUUGGAAAACAAAGUGCUGUUUUGUCUUAACCUGGAAAAUAACGACUUAACAAACAAAGGUCAAAAUGCUGAUGAGCUCAAUAAAUUUUUCGAGUCUAUAAAAAAUAAUAAAGGAAUAAAAAUAUUGAAUUUGGCUAACACAAAUAUGAACAAGGUAGCCCUUCUGCGUCUCCCAAAGAGGAUGAUGAAAUUUUCUGCCCAACGUUGCGUUAUUUUGUACGAAUAUAUGUUGGCACAAUUUUUGUUAACGUUUCAGAGCAAUGGGGAGAGUUUGUGCAAAAUGCUAGAGGCGAACAAUUCCAUAAUCGAAAUGAACUUUGAGAACAGCAAUUUUACGCGGGAUCAAAAUUGCCAAAUAAUUAACUGCCUAAUACGGAAUAAAAACAUAUGGCUAAAACAAGCCGAGAUGGAAAAAGAAGAAAAUGAUAAAAUGGAAAAGGAGGAAAGCUACAUGAACGCGUACCUCAUGUCCGUCGAAUCGUCCAUAAUUGAAAUUGAAAAUAGGGAAAACCGAAGGAACUUGAAUAAAAUGAUAUACGUUAACAUGUGGAGAGAAGAAAUAAAGCAAAAGGAGUUGAAGGAAGAAGCAAUUCUUGAAACGCUGGAGAAGGAACAUGAGAAUAGGAUGAAAAAUGCCAGGAAGAAAAAAAGGAAAAAGAAGAAGAAAUGA